ACGGGCUCAGUUGGUAAAGGCGCCCGGCGACUUCAGAGGCGCCGGCCGGUCCGCCCGCCCGCAGCACCUGAGCGCGGCCCCUGCCCGAGCCCCGCCGGCCGCGAUGCUCUAGGGACCGGCCGGUCCUUCCGCCCGCCCGCCGGACCGUUAUCCGCGCCAGUCGCCCCGCACAGCCGCCUGCAAGAUGCCGCGCUCCUUCCUGGUCAAGAAACAUUUCAACGCCUCCAAAAAGCCCAACUACAGCGAACUGGACACACACACAGUGAUUAUUGCCCCAUAUCUCUAUGAGAGUUACCCCAUGCCUGUCAUACCACAGCCAGAGAUCCUCAGCUCAGGAGCAUACAGCCCUAUUACUGUGUGGACUACCACGGCGCCAUUCCAUGCCCCACUACCCAGUGGCCUCUCUUCUCUUUCUGGAUACCCCUCAUCUUUGGGUCGAGUGAGUCCCCCUCCUUCAUCUGACACCUCCUCCAAGGACCACAGUGGCUCUGAAAGCCCCAUUAGCGAUGAAGAAGAAAGACUACAGUCCAAGCUUUCUGACCCCCAUGCGAUUGAAGCUGAAAAGUUUCAGUGCAAUUUAUGCAAUAAGACCUAUUCCACUUUUUCCGGACUGGCCAAACAUAAGCAACUACAUUGUGACGCCCAGUCUCGGAAAUCUUUCAGCUGUAAAUACUGUGACAAGGAAUACGUGAGCCUGGGUGCCCUUAAGAUGCACAUUCGGACCCACACCUUACCCUGUGUCUGCAAGAUCUGUGGCAAGGCAUUUUCCAGACCCUGGCUACUACAAGGACACAUUCGAACUCACACUGGGGAGAAGCCUUUUUCUUGCCCUCACUGCAACAGAGCAUUUGCAGACAGGUCCAAUCUGAGGGCUCAUCUGCAGACCCACUCUGAUGUAAAGAAAUACCAGUGCAAAAACUGCUCCAAAACCUUCUCUAGAAUGUCUCUUCUGCACAAACAUGAGGAAUCUGGCUGCUGUGUAGCACACUGAGUGACGCAAUCAAUGUUUACUCAAACAGAUGCAUUUCUUCACUCCAACUCCAGAACACAAGUAAAAGUCCAAAGGCAUUUUCUCUAUUGCUUACCGACCAAAUAAUAUGUAUAGGCACACACACACACACACACACACACACACACACACACACACACCUGAAAGACCAUGGAUUCCAUGUGUUUAAAGUUAAUCCUUUCCAUGUGAAGUUUUAAAAUUACUAUAUAUUUACUGACAACAAGAUUGAGUGGAUAAAAGACAGGAAUCUUUCUCUUCAAAGAUGAACCAGAAAAGGAAAAAAGUAAGAAAGAAAGAACAUUGCAUCUUUUCUUAUGAAGAAAGAAUGCAAAGAUUUACAUUGCUGCCAAAUCAUUUCAAUUGAAAAGAACAGUAUUGCUUUGUAAUAGUUUGUAAUAGAAUUUCUUACAGGAAGAGAGUCUGCCAGACAGUAUCUCAGGUGCCUUAUAAAGUAUUCCAAGUUUACUUCAUUCAUAUCUGAUGUCUGGUUGCCAUUGUUGAACUAAAGAUUUUUUUUUUAAUCUGAAAUGUUUUAAACUAUACUUUUAAGACAGUGGAGGGAAAAGAAACUAGAACAGAACACAUGAGAAUGUAUUAAAUUUUUUGUUUGUUUGUUUGUUUUCACUUUGCCAAUAAACAUUAUGUGCCUUGGAGGAGGAGGGAAAAAUAGCUUUAAACAUUCCUGGUGCACACCUCAUGUCUUAAUUUUUAAUAGUUUUUUUUUUGUGUGUGUGUGUGAUUUUCUAAAAUUAAUUGAAGAUAGGAAUAAAUGCAAGAAAAGAUUCUUAAACAUCUGGAAAUAUACAAACUAUUUUAAAUGCAUACAUAGGUGCAAUCCAUAAAACAUCCCUUCUAAGUGCCUUUUUUAAUUAAUUGUAUAGUUGGUGAGUCAAUGUAAAUUUGUGUCUAUUUUUAUAUGACUGAAUGAGUUUUGUAUGAAAGUGAGAUGUCUAUAGCUGACGUCUAUAAGCAACCUGAAAACUUGUGAAAUCUGUCUUUUUUUAAAAAAAACAUUUUAUAAGACCUUUUUUUACAAUAAACAUUUUUGAUUUAAAA